AUUUUCUUUAAUAUAUUUAUUUUAAAAGUAGUACAGACAAUGGGACGUAAGAAGAUUAGAAUUCAGCCUAUUACUGAUGAUCGUAAUAGACAAGUAACAUUUUUAAAGAGAAAACAUGGAUUAAUGAAGAAAGCAUAUGAACUUAGUGUACUCUGUAACUGCGAAAUAGCACUCAUUAUUCUUAACAAUUCAAACAAUAAGCUUGUACAAUAUGCAAGUACUGAUAUUGAUAAAGUACUUAUGAGAUAUACUGAGUAUGAUGAACCUUAUGAAAGUAAGAGUAACGAAGAUUUUUCAAAAGAAGAAGACCUAGUAGUGCUAUCUGAUCAUGAAGAACAAGUCGCUGUUAAAUCUCAACAAACAACAACUUCUUAUCAGCCAAUACUAGACUAUAAUAAUACACAACAACAUGUCAUUCAGCAACGUCCAUCAGUAUCUAUGCCUGUAUAUGAAAUGUAUCCGAUGUAUAUGCCCACCACCACCACUACUACUACUCCUACUAAUACUACUACUACCACUAAUACUAAUAAUAAUACGAAUAAUAACAAUAACAAUAAUAUUGCUGCUACUACUACUACUACUACUACUACUACUACUAAUUAUCCCCCACAACCAAGACCAACUAUGAUGUAUUCUUCUCCAGUUAUGGUUCAAGAUCAAGCAAUGGCCUAUCACAGGAUGCAACAAUCAAAUAAUAAUAAUUCUUCUGAUAACACAACUCCUCCUUCUGAUAGUAUAGAUGACCUUAGGAUUCAAAUACCAAAUAAUGAUAUAAAUAGAUUGCAACAACAAACUACGAAAUCUAAUACACAAUUUGUACAAAACUUACCCUCGCCUUCUACAUUUUAUCCAGAAUUUUAUCAGCAGCAAAGUGAAUUGCCAAGCCCUUUAAAUAAUGCAUUUCAUUGGCCGCCCAGGGAUAAUUACCGACCAUCUCCACUAGGAAUAAAAGAAAGGUAAAUAUUACGUAAUAAUUGAUAUAUUAUAUAAUAACUCCUUUUUUUUUCCCUUAGUCAAUAUAUUGAAAAAAGACACGCAGUUUCAAAUUUGUAUGAUAAUACAAAGAAAGUAAAAUUAGAAACGACUGCUGCAGGCUAAUAUCUAUUUAUAUGUGUAUAUUUAUAUUUAUAUAUAUAGUAUUUAUUUGUUUUACCAUAAAGGUGCCUUCUUUUGCACUAGAAACUAAGUUUUAUUUUGUACAAAAAAAAAAAAAAAGAUAUAUGUAUAUGUAUUUCAU